CGACUAACUUCAAUCGAACCGUAAUGAUCUUGAUCUUUGGAUGGGUUCUUUUGAAAAUCUAAAAGGAAUACAACAAGCAGUUAAUCUUAAUCGUCGCAAAAUGACUUCGAGCGAAGACGGUGAUCUGAUCGAUCUCGGGAACGAGAGUUGCGUGCCACGUGUGCCGAUACAAGAAUCGUCCCCCGAGGAACAAGAACAUCUUCUCGACGUGUGCCCGCCGAAAUUGGAGGAAACGUUGUCGUUGACUAGAAAACAAGAACAAGUGCAAUGCAUAAGCGACAACGGUGACGUACUGGUCACUUUAGGUCACGAUCAAGUGGUACCGAUUCGUAAGAGAAUCGACUUCGUUUCGUCUGACACGAUAAAAAGAGUUCGCGACAUUACCAGGAACUUAGAACCAGUUAUAAGGAAGACCUGUUCCGACAUUAAUGAGGAGCACCAGGACACGGUCGAUUAUGGGAGUGCAUCGAAUCACAAAGACGGACAUUACUCCGGCGAAAAACACGAGGACGAGACGUUCGAGGCGCAGGAAAUCAACAAUGCCUUCAAUUUUCUCGCGGAACACGACGACAACAACGAGGACGAUCAGGCUGAAGCGAAUUGCAACCGUUGCGACCAAGUUAUGGACACGCACGGGCUGAUACUGUUAACAUGUUCUACGACAGACGACAAAGAUUCGUUGGAGUACCAUCAUAACGAUUCCCUGCAAGUUUUGAACUGUUGGAAACCCUCCGAUACGGAUUUACACGAUCCCGCAUUUGAGUUGUGCCCUAGCAAACCAUCCGAAAGUAUAUCGAGGAAGAUCCGAUCCGUUUCCGCCGAUUACGAACUGGAGGCAGGUAGCAAGGGUAUUGUUAAGAGGACUGGCAAAAGAGGAUCCUCUCAGCAUAUGCAUCGUAAAUCUUGGACAGAAGGAACUACCCCUAAGAACGUAACACCGGACACCUUUUCCCGAUUCGACAGGUCGACUAGUUUGAGAGAAUACAAUUGCCAGCCGUCUACUUCGAACGGUGUUCAUCGUCAGUCCAGCUUUAUCUCGAGCUGCUCUACGGAAGAAGUUUUGGUGACGAACGUCGAGGACGAAGAGAAGGACGGAUGUUCGGAAUGUUCGGAAGUAGAUUGGUCGUGGUUGGAGGAAGUAGAAUGUCCACGAGGUACGGAGUCGUUAGCACCCGGUGUGGUUGACGCGGCACAGGAGAACACGGAACAUCGAGGAGGGAGUGCAUCCCCCACCAGUGAAAAUGCAAGGCGCAGGCGCGGUCGCGAGCAUCGUGCUACCGAGGCGGGCUGCAGUGCCGUGAUGUCCGUCUCCGGGACGGUAAAGUCCCUAGUGGUUGGUAGCUCGCGAUGGUCAGCAUCCGAUCCGCUGUCCGAUCGUAACGUCAACGAUCAUCAGGAUGAUACUGUACGUUGCAACGCCAGUAACGAAGCGAUCGAUCGGGAAACACGCGACAACGGUACCGUUCUUAACUCCUGGGUGCGGGCCUCUAUGAGGCGUUUGCGCCAUUUGAGAUUACCAGAAGGUACCGAUGAUCGGCAGCGAAACACCGAUUCGAAUAACCGCCGCGGAGCCAUCGUGUCCGCGCCCAAUUCUUUGCCGGAUAUCGCUCUCAUUGCUCCGGAGAUUCUAGCCGCGCAAACCAAUGGCACUUCCGGCACCCUACUCAGGCCAUCCAGCGCUCCCGUCAGAAACGCGAACAGUUCGAACGUCGCGGUGCCAUCGCGAAGAGGUGGCAGACAAUUCAGAGGAAGCAGAUCUCAAGGGACGAGAACACACGAGAUAUCGUCGAGGCAGAGCAGCGUUUUGUCAACUGUUACCACGGCUAGUGACACGACCACUUCGGGCGCCACGACGUGCUCCAGCUCCUUUGGCGGUGCUUCCACGAGUCCACCUUCCAGCACAGCGGCCAGUCCACAACGCAUCACUUCCAGACGAAUAUGUGAAAGGCAGAGGGACGUCGAUAGAGAUGAAGAUAGAGGAGAGGACGAGGAUGAGGAUGCAAAUCCAUUGGGGAAAUGGCCACACGCUCUUAGUCCAGCCUUGGCGUGUCUCAGUUGCACCCUUGGUCUCUUUAAUAUAAGUAGAUUCUCUAUUCUUAGCGUACAAUUCGGAGCAAAUUUCAUUGUACAGUUCCUGAUUUUGUCUUUGGUACUGGGCAUUCCACUUCUAACCUUGCACGUGUGCCUUGGACAAAGAUUGGCGGCUGGAUCCGUAGAUAUGUGGAAAAUCUCACCCCUCUUCCAGGGUGUUGGUAUAGCUCUCUUAAUUGCACAAGCAUUUAUCGGUAUCUACAGUAUUGUCGGCGUGUCCUGGAUGUUCGUGUACUUUAGAGAUUCGUUCAUAACGAAGCAGGAUAAGUACCGAUGGGCUGAACCGUUUUCUCUCUACAGAGACGACAAGCCUGUACAGAACAAUAGUAACGUACAUAAACUGUACGAAACGGUACCAGAUUAUUUUAGCGGUGUCGUUUUGCAAAGACAUCAUCUAAACGAAUCGGAUCCCGGUGUUGUCACGUUAAAAUUUCAAGUUGCUUUCAAUUUGGCUGUUGUAUGGAUGAUUGUGUUCGUGUCGUUAAGUAAAGGUCUAAGAUCUUACGGUAAAGUUGUGUAUGUUUUUACACUGGUCCCUGUGUUUGGUACCUUGGUUCUUUGUACAAAACUACUCGGUCUCACGCCGCCAGGCUCUCUACAUCAACUCUUUCCUGCCACCGUUUGGACAGAGUUUUUCAUCAACGGCAAAUCGUGGGUGGCAGCAUCCAUCGAGGUUUUCCUUACCUGGGGACUACUUGGUGCAGCUGCCAUGCAGAUAGCUGCUCAUAAUAAACACAAACACCUGUUACAACGAGAUACAAGUCUCGUGAUAGUAUUAACCAUUGUAGUUUUACUUCUCGCGGCUUUUCUGGCCAAUACUUGCGUACAAGUUCUCAAACAUCACGGAUACAUUUACAUACCGAGUUCGUUUGAAAGAAUAUCGUCGUAUGUGUUUAUGAGACCUAUGAACCAACCAGCACCACCGGGAUACAGCAGUACGCCAGAGAGAUUUAUGGCACAUGCGUCGUUUAUCGUCGGAGAACGCGUAACACGUCCUGGUGCAGACUUCAGCGUCGAAUCUGGUUAUCAAGCCUUGAGAUUUUCCACCGAAUUAGUUCCUGCGACGUUAGCGUUACUAGGCACCGAGCAAGUCUCGCCGUUCUGGGCGGUUCUUUUUUAUUUCAUUCUUAUCCUUUUUGGAAUAGCUCAACAGCUAGCAAUAUGGCACUGUGUGAUAACCGGUAUUAUGGCGAUCAACGCGAAGAUGAUGAAAUUAUGGGAAACUACCAUUACAUUCUUCAGUUGCGCUUGUGCUUACAUUCUAGGCUUACCAAUGGCCACUGAGUUGGGCAUACACGUCGUAUAUUAUCUAGACUAUACAAUCGGUGGUACGUGGUGGAUAAUGAUUUUAUACUUGGUGCAAGUCGGUGCUGUAUUCGCGGUGCGAGGGCGUCCACAUAGCGGCGAAGCGGUAGUUGCCGAAUUGUUUCCUCCAACUGGUCGAUGUCUCAGGCACUGGGCUGGUCCUCUCUUGUCAUUCACAUGGAACGUUAUACUGCCUGUUAUUCUUAUGGUACUUAGUAUUACGGUAUUCAAGAAUGCCGAUUUUCGAGAACUUUACUCUUAUCGGCGCACCACUAGAGAAUAUUGGCCUAUAUGGGCAAGACAACUUGGGGCUGCUGUUCAACUGAUACCAAUAUUAACAAUACCGGCAGUGGCUAUUAUACAAACCUGCCGAUAUCUAAACAACGGUCCACCUGAUAUAUUCGACAACAAUCAGAUGGAAUUUAACGUAAAUCACUGCGAACAGUGUAACGGCAGAAUUCAGUUACUGUAUCGACCGUCUUUGGAGCCGGACGAUCCACGGGAUGCACAGACGCAUAUUGGAAACGACACAAGUACCAGUAUCCAUGGUAAUGGUAUCGUGUCUGCAACAACGGAAGUACCAUUUGAGGACCCACCGCCAAAAUACACGCCUCCACCGAGUUACACCACAGCAACGGGAGCGAGAAUAGCAAAGAUGUUGCGACAAAGUUUUCGAAGAAGCGUACGACGAAUAGCAAACGUGCUCGGUGAAAGCAGCGCUCCAAGACAGAGACCGGCGUUACAACCGCCACCUCCUGAUUACGCCACUGUACUUGUAGAGAUGAAUCAGGGCAGACAAAUGCAAGAUGUAACGAUUCAUGUAACCGAAGUGAGAAAUGAGAAUACUAAUAGUUCGAACGCUCGGAACAAUGCUACAGAAAGGCAUAGGCCCAACACUAUCGACCGAACAACGAGGAUCGGUGCAGUAGCAUGUUCGAUAGAGAGAACACACUCGACGCUUGAUAGGCCUCGACGAGCGUGUACCACAUCGUCGAGCAGUUCGAAUCUAACUGCCGUCGAUGUGGCGAAUUUACUUCGCAGUAGCAUUAGAAGAGGGACCACGAGAACUCAGCAAACUCUACGUAGAAGUUUUUGCCACGACGAACCAACGGCCGCAGCGUCUGUUGAGAAUCUAGUCGAGGCCGCGGCGCCGAUCGGCGAAGAAUCCUUGGUCCUUCCGAAGGACGUGUCUCUAGUCUCCAAUGAACAGGAUAACGAUAAUAGCAAUGAUAAAAAGACUGCCGAAGAAACGGAAAACUCUGUUUCUGUGAUAUAAUAGACUAUGUCCUUCUUUCGAGUUCUUACCAAGAUAAACAUGAAGAUUAUUUAAUUCCUGCUACAUAGUGUUACAGUGAUUUAUUCCUCGUUCCGAUCAUAUCAAUGACUCAUCCUACAAGGUACUUUCGCUUUCAAUCUUCGACUGUAUGCAUCCGCGCAAGCUAUACUACGAAAGAUGGACAAGUUGCCGAUGAUAUAAUAUCAUUGAUCAAUGACCGAAAAAUUAAUUUUAUCUUUUAGACUGAAUUCAGUAUUUUUUAAUCUUGUCACACCUGACGAAUAAUUGCAUAAUCUCAUCGCUAUAUUUAUCACGACGAUUGUACGACAGGUAAACAGAUAACGAUAAGUAGAAAAACCAA